GUCGUCUGGAAAGGUGUAAUUUGGGACUCCAACCAACAUACACCAUACAUACCUUUCCUAGAUACGAAUACCUACACUACAUACCAAUUCAACACCUUGUAUCCUCUCCUUCCUGCAUUGUUUCCUUUCAUUGAUACCCUGAUGUCCUAUCGCGCAAAACUCCCCAUCUAGUACCUCAAGAACCCUGAAACAACAUCUCAAAUCCAGAGCUUCAACACCAUGGAAUCGCAAAUUGCCCCCAUCCCAACCCCGCACAUGAGCGGUCCCGUCCUCACGCCCUUCACAGACACACAAUGGACAACCCUACUCUCAAUAUUGGAUACCGUGAUCCCCUCAAUUCAACCCUCGUCCCUGGCAACGAGUUCCAGUCUCAGCCUUGCGCUCCCGGAAGAGCAAUACAACGCCACCGUCUCGGAAUUGCAGAAAACCGUCCCGGGAGAGAUCGCUAGUGAAAGAUUCGAUGAAUAUAUGAAUGAGAAAGCCUCAGAUGUCGAAGCCUUUCAGGAUAUGAUCAAACGCGCCUUUGGAACCCUGAUUCCGGAAAAGAAUAGGAGGGGAUUGGCAUUCAUAUUAUCGACUUUGGAGUAAGCAAUCGGCCCUCUAUCUCUAUCUCAUAGGCAAAUGGAAGAGUAUACUAACAUUUUGGAAAAUCAUGUAGUACGAGAUUAGGUUGUAUGCUACUUACAGGCUAUACGACUUCCUUCCACGAACAACCCGUUCACAUCCGCGAAGCGAUUCUGGACAGCUGGCGAACGAGUUACUUACCUACCCUUAACGUUAUACAUAAAUCGAUGACAAUGCUGGCGAAGAACAUAUAUCUGAAGAGUAGUCCGCUUUAUCGGUCGCUUUCUGGGGUUCCGGUUGUACCUGUGUUAGUUGAAUUCUCGUUAUGUUAUAUUUCUGGUUCAAAAUGUCUUCUGUCGCAUGGUUCGAGAAUUAGGAUGACUUGGGAUCAGGUUGGAUUUCUGGCUUUCUUCAGGAUUUCCGUGUUGGAAAGAAAGGUCACGUCUUUUCUGAGAAUGCUAUCAAGGCUUUUUCUUCGUAUGAUACAUGUGUGUACUCACCAAGUGGUGAUAUCUCUAUUUAAUCGCUUCACAAUAUACAAUUCUGCUUCUAACCUAUUUUGACAGUAAUUACAAACCAGGAACAGGGUAUGAAUAUGAUUUUCUACAAUUCGAUAUUGGUGCCGACCCUGAAAUCAUCGAAACGGACAUUGUCAUAGUAGGAUCUGGCUGCGGGGGAGCAGUAUGUGCGAAAAACCUUUCAGAAGCAGGUCAUCGCGUUCUCGUCCUCGAAAAAGGCUACUACUUCUCCCCCAAGCAACUACCUCUUUCCGAAGAAACUGGCAACUCAUACAUCUUCGAAAGUGGUGGCGCUAUUUCAACAGAUGAUGGUUCUGUGGCCGUUGCUGCUGGUAGUAUCUGGGGAGGAGGAGGAACCGUGAACUGGUCCGCGAGUUUACAGCCACAGGACUUUGUGAGGAGAGAAUGGGCCCAAGAUAGGGGACUGGAAUUCUUCGAAACGAUGGAAUUUCAGGGCUGUCUUGACCGAGUUUGUGAAAGGAUGGGUGUUUCGACGGACCAUAUUCGACAUAACCAUGCGAAUAGGGUUCUUCUGGAAGGCAGUAGGAAACUUGGAUAUACUGCUAAAGCUGUUCCCCAGAAUACGGGAGGCAAAGAGCAUUAUUGUGGAUAUUGCACAUUUGGAUGUGGUUCAGAUGAGAAAAUGGGACCAGUAGCAUCCUUUUUACCAGAUGCUGCUCAAGCUGGAGCCAAAUUUGUGGAAGGUUUUAAGGUUGGUCAUGUUAUUUUUGAUGAGGAGAAUCCUAAUAAAGCGAUUGGUGUAAGCGGAUCUUGGACCUCGAGGGAUAACUGGGGAGGGGUUGACGGAUUGCUUUCUGAACGAACGACACGAGAAGUCAUUGUGAAAGCAAAGAAGGUUAUCUUGUCCUGCGGAAGUCUGUGGAGUCCAAUUAUCUUACAAAACAGUGGGCUCACGGUAUGGGAAAAUAAAACUUCCACACUUCUCUAUCUCUAGCUAACAAUUACCCUUUAGAAUCCUCAAAUUGGACGGAAUCUCUAUCUACACCCUGUCAACCUCCUGGCCGCAAUCUACGACGAAGAAACUCGGCCUUGGGAAGGUAAACAUUCUCUUUCUCUUUACUAUAUCCGAAUAUUCCAUACUCAAUUUCUUUCCAAACACUAACCUCUUCUUUGUCUAGGCGGAAUCCUAACCUCAGUAUGCAACACAUUCGAAAAUCUCUCUUCCACAGGCUAUGGUGCAAAACUGGAAACAACAGUCAUGCUCCCCUCCAUCUUCCUCUCAACCUUAACCUCUGCCUCAGCCCUUGAAUUCAAAAUCAACGCUCUGAAACUCCGUCACAUGGCGGGAUUCAUUUCUCUUGCACGCGACAGAGAUACGGGUAUAAUAUACAAAAAUCCCGAGACUGGCAAGCCUGCGAUCAAAUACACGCCUAGUGCUUUUGACAGGGCACAUAUCUUAGAGGGCUUAAUUGGCGCUGCAAAGAUUGCUUAUGUUACGGGCGCACUGGAGAUCCAUCCUUGCUUACAGGGACUUUCUCCUUUCAUUCGCUCUUCCAAUUCGUCCUCCGAGUCCAAGACGUCUCCUGGCCCUGAUAUCGAUCCCGGUAUCACAGAUCCCCACUUCGUCGCCUGGCUCGAGGAAGUCCGUCGCGUAGGCAAUAAACCACUCACGGGCCUCUUCUCCAGUGCGCACCAGAUGGGCUCGUGUCGCAUGAGUCGCAGUGAGAGCGAGGGGGUGGUGGAUGGCGUGGGUCGAGUGUGGGGCAGGCAGGAUCUGUAUGUGGCUGAUGCGAGUGUUUUCCCGUCGGCGAGUGGGGUGAAUCCGAUGGUUACUAAUAUGGCCAUCUCGGAUUGGAUCUCGAGGGGGAUUGUGGGGGAGUUGAGGAGGGAGGGGUAAAUCCUUUUUUUUUGGGUGUUAGAAAAAAGAAGGGUUGAGAGUGAGGCUGCAGGAGGGGUAAUAGUAACGGAAUUUUGUGAGGAAGUGAAGAGUGGGGUUUGGCGGUUACUUUACCGUUUAGGUGGGCCGUGGGAGGAGAACUUGUAAGGGUGGGUGUACUGUACGUUUGGAGUAUUUUUUCGGAACGAAUGGGAGUCUAUGGAUUGGGUGAUUUUGAAAUAGUUCAAGUUGCGUGGGUGUAUGUUUUGGAUCCAGUCCAGAGAAAAUAAGAAAGGUAGGUUGGGAAUUGGUUUCUAGGAUGGAUUGAGAUGAGGGGUUGUUGGGGGGAAUGAAGUGGUUGGUGAAGGUAGUUGGCUUGAUGAAUAUGUGGAUUAUUGUAGGAGGGGAGAGUUGGGAGGUGUGGGUUGGAAGGUGAGAAUUGAGUGGUUGGUUGGAUUAUAAGGAUGAGAUUGUGAUUUAGCUUGUAGUUUAUAGUACUUAUAUAUACAUCUCUCUCUCUCUAGUAGAUGAGGUGAUGAGUUCAUCUUUUUAAAGAC